AUGACCGCUGCCGCGGGUGGUGUUCGCCUUUGCGGGCCGCUGGCCUUUUUCGGCCUCGUCGCACUGCUGUCCUCCGGUGCUUCGGCUGAUGUUGAAACCAUCAUCGUCCAGAGACAUGUCCAAAUGCUCGGCUCGCAAGAAUGUACUUACGGCCCGGCGUUUUGGUGCAAAAACAUAACUAACGCUGCUGGUUGUAACGCUGUCAAACAUUGCAUUCAAACAACUUGGGUUACACAGACAUAUCCGGAAGAUAAUGAUGAUAUUUGUACAAUUUGUAAAAAUAUGGUGAAAGAAGCUCGUGACACACUCACCAGUAAUGUUACAUUGGAAGAAUUGAAAGAAGUCUUCGAUGGAUCUUGUGAUUUAUUGCCACUGAAAAUAGUUAAAAAGGAGUGUAAGAAAUUAUCGGAUGAUUUUAUACCUGAACUCGUUGAUACGUUGGCUUCACAAAUGGACCCAAAUGUUGUUUGCACAGUUUCUGGUUUGUGCAAUAAUGCACACAUUGAUAAGCUUCUAUUAGAAAAUCAAGAAAAACAACCAGCAGUUGAUAGUGAACACCACCCAUGUGAAAAAUGCGCUAUUGCCAUGAACAAAGGAGAAGAUUUAGUACAGAGCAUGUCUAGAGAUGAUAUUUUAAAUAGAUUCUUGAUGAUGUGUGGAGAACUGAGCAGUUAUUCCGAUGCAUGCAGUAGUAUUGUAUUAACAUAUCAUAAUGAAAUAUACAAUGCUGUUAAAAAUGGUUUUAAUAAACGUAAUGUAUGUUUGUUGAGUGGUAUGUGUUCAGCAGCAUUCCAUCCACAUGCUGAUGGUUAUGAAAAAUCAAAGAACGCUUUGAUGGGUGUUGAAAUUAGUAAUGCUGGAGAGCGAGGUAGGAUUCAAAUCCAAAAAUCUAAUGGAGUCAGUGAUGAAUUGACAUGUGAAUUUUGUGAAACUUUGGUCAAACAUUUGAGAGAUAUUUUGGUAGCUAAUACAACUGAAGAACAAUUCUCAGACGUACUUAAAGGUCUUUGUAAGCAAACAGGAAGUUUUUCAACUGAGUGUUUGGCAAUAGUUGAUGAAAAUUAUUCACGUAUCUAUAGUUUCCUUGUUAGCGAACUGAAUGGAAAAGUUCUUUGUACAAUAGUUGGUAUUUGUCCCAAAUCUCUUAACUCUCGUUAUAAUCUCAAUUAUUUUAUACCAAUGUACCCGCUUGUUCCAAUUGACCUUUUACAAACCCAAGAAGCCACUAAAAUUGAAGAAGAUAGUUCAUUUACUGCUAAAAAAGAGCAAAAUGAACAUAAGCCUACACUCGUCGUGGUUGAUGAACAACCUCCUAAAGUUGAAAAUAUUAAUGUCAUUAAGAAAUCUCCAGUUAUUGAUGUGUUCUAUAAGGAAAUGCAUUUUGUUGUCAAUGAUGUCAGUAUGCCUACUGAUAAAACUACAUGCUUCUUGUGCCAAUCAAUUUUAAAUUAUGUUCAACAAGUAGUAACCGAUCCAAAAUCUGAAGCAGAAAUCCGUACAGCAUUAGAAAAGUCAUGCUUGGUUGUGCCAUCGUCAUUUGAACAACAAUGUAAACAGUUUGUCGACCAAUAUGGAGAUGCCUUUAUUUCACUUAUAGCUCAAGAAGUUGAUCCAUCAAUUAUCUGUCCAGAAUUGAAAUUAUGCCCAGUUACAGAUUUGUCUUUAACUUCAAACAAAGAUAGUGAAAGUUCAAAUAAUUGUCCAAUGUGUGUUAUAUUUAUGUCAGCUUUAGAAUCCGAAAUCUCUAACAAAGAUACAGAAGAAGUGAUUAAAAAAAAAUUGGAAAAGUUAUGUACCAAACUACCAUCAAAAUGGAAAGGAGAAUGCACAGAGUUUGUUUCGACUCAGUUACAAAGUAUACUCGACAUGUUAGUUGCUCAAGUUAAGCCUGAAGAAAUUUGUGUUUUAUUGGACAUUUGCAAACCAAAAACCAUCUCUGAAAGUGCUGAAAACGAUUUGGAAACAAAUAUGAUUGCUACAGCUGGUCAAAUUACUAUAGUGUUUCCGGGAUACAAUAUGGGACAAUUAAUAGCCAAUGAUUACAAAAUGUUGGAAGAGCCAAAAGUUCCAACACCAUUUUGUGUCAUAUGCGAAGUUGUAAUGAAAUAUUUGAAUGGUGAAAUCAAAGACAAAUCAAAUCAAGAGGAAAUAGAACACGUUUUAGAAACAAUAUGUAGCGUUUUACCAAAUGUUGAAGAAAAUGAAUGUCAAUCUUUUAUUGACUCAAACUAUCAGCAGAUUAUUAAGUUUGUUACAAUUGGAACCGAUCCAGGUAUUGCGUGUAUGGCGUUAAUGGUGUGCGAUGAUGAAAAAAUAAGAGGUAAACAAACUAUCGACCUACCAAAAAAGAGUGUACAUUUGACUACAACAGAACCUGCUGAAGAAUUGGAUAGUUCUAAUAGUUGUGCCGCCUGCGAAGCAUUCGUCACAGUAUUUGAAGAUCGUUUAACCAAUGAUUCAUUUAACAUUGACGAUUUAGAUUUGAUUGAGCUGUGCAAUGAAGUGGAAAUCGCACAUAAGGACCAGUGUAUGGAGAUGAUAGAGUCGUAUGCUCAAUCUUUCAAAAAUCUCUUGAACCACUUUCCUACAUGGAUGAUGUGCGAAAAAGUGGCGUUGUGCAGUAAAAAUAAAAGUGUUGCAGUCAACCAAUUUAGAAACUCCAGAUGUUUAGAAGGCUCGGAGUAUUGGUGCAAAUCAUGGGAUAACGCCAAAGAGUGCAAGGCUGAAGUGUUAUGCAGACGCUCUUCAUGGAACGUAAAAAUCAUCGAAGAUUAA